AUGACUCCUAAUCUUUUGAGGAAGCGCUUCGAGAAGCACUACGACAAAGUAUUCGGGACUGUGUCCGUCCCACUCCAUCCAGAGGCGACGGUGAGCGUGGCGUGGUUCUUUGAAGCCAACUACUACACCGUGGAUAACGGCACGUGGUUGGAGCCGCUGCUCGGAGACAUUGGUGCUGUUGGUGAUGUAAGCAGAAAAGCCCGAAGUGAAUCACCAAGAGCAGAUAGCAAAAUACCAAACAAUUUCUACACUAGAGCGAAUCUUUACGCUUUCAUAGAAUCCAUGUUGGAGAAGUACGGCUACCCUGGACGAAGCUGCCUGAUGAUGAGCAUCUGCGAGAAUGCAAGCGCAAUGUUCCACCACAACGGCGUCGUUGGAGAUUUACUGCAUCUUGUUCUAACGUAAGAUACUACAAUUUAUUUAACAAGUUCUUAAGUAGGUACCU